ACAGUUCCAGAUUCCAGGGGACAUUUGAGAUACUGUUGUAACAUAAGAUACGCCUAUCGACACCAACCCAGCCCAGAAAGAAAGCGAUUUAAUUUAUCAACAUGAACGAAUUCACCCGCCUUGAAUCAAUUUCCGAUCCGGAGGAGUAUAAAGCGAGGAGUGUGCUGGAUUUGAUGUCCCUGAAGGGAAAGGUCACUGUCGUCACAGGUGCCGCAAGAGGUAUUGGCCUUGGACUCGCCAGGGGAGCAGCAGAAUUGGGCAGCGAUGUUGCAAUUCUGGACAUUCUCGAGCCUAGCGAGGAUUUCAAGAGCUGGGAGGGUUUGGGUGUGCGAGUGAAGUACUACAGGACCGACGUGACCAAGCCUGACGAUCUGACGACAGUGUUUGAGAGAAUCAACGAUGACUUUGGCCGUAUUGAUAACUGCGUCACUGCUGCAGGAAUCGUUCUAGACAAGCCGUUUCUCCACCAUGAAUGGGAGGAAAGCAUGAAGGUGCUAAAUGUCAACGUCAUGGGAAGCAUUCUCUGUGCACAGCUGGCCGCCGAAUACAUACGCAAGCAGAACCAGGGGAGUAUAGUGAUGCUUGGGUCGACGGCUGCACACGGUGCAACCCCAUCACGAAAUAUGGCAGUUUACUCUGCUUCCAAAGGAGCAAUAAUAUCUCUAACUAGAUCGCUGGCCGUGGAACUGGCCCAAUUUGGGAUCCGAGUCAACUCGGUCUCGCCCGGUUUUAUUGCCACCGAAAUGAUCCUGGAUGCGACACGGAAAGAUCCCAAUCUGUGGAAAUCGUUUAAUAGCACGCCUCCACUGCAGCGUGUGGGGACUAGGGGGGAUCUGAAAGGCAUUGUGGCGUGCUUGCUGACCGAUGCUGCUGCGUAUACCACAGGGGCGGAUAUUGUGGUGGACGGCGGCCUAAGCUCUGGCCAGGCUUGAUGUAUAUAAAUGAAUAUUGAAGUUAUAUAACCACAAUGCGCUGGCUCCUCGAUGACAGCAGAAUAUAGUGUAGCAAGAUAGUGGGUGGAGUUGGAGAACUUUGGAACGCGGGGUACUGAGCAUCGAUGAUAAGACAUUAACUACCCAUUUCAAGUCUUCAGUCCUAUUACGUCAAGUAUAUCUACGAAUACGAUGCCACGAGUGCGACGGCGAGCAGUCGCCUGUGCGCGAUGUCGUACGCGAAAGGUCAUGUGCGAUGGUGCCACUCCCAGUUGCUCAAAAUGCACCGAAGCCGGCACUCCCUGUGUAGCAUCAGGGGCUUCCAGCGAGAGAACAGUUCCCCGGUCAAUAGUCCUGUUCCUGGAAGAAGAGCUGGCCAAAACAGAGGCCCUGUGCGAAGAGACAGCGAGGAAUGACGGGUGCAGUACGGAG